AUGGUUAUGAGGAGUAUUCACAAAACUGCAGAAGAAGAUCGAAGAUUAAUGGAAAGUUUAAAAGAUGGUUUGGAACUCACAGUCAUGUGCUACAGAGAAUUCCACUAUGUUUAAGCAAGGCAAACUCCCUGGAAGAAUAUCAAACAUCACUUGCAUCCUUUUCUUCUGCAACAGUUACAGCGGACCAGAAUGGUAUUGCUACUUUGUGAUCAUUAUUUUCUUUUUAGUUCUGCUCAUAGGAUUUCUGGGGAAUACAUUCACACUGCUCUUCUAUAUUUUCACUUGGAGAUCAUGGACUAGUAGCACAAUUUUUCUGUUCAAUUUGGCGCUGUGUGAUUUUACUUGGAUUUUCUUCAUUCCCUUUGCUGUCUACUACCACCUACAUAAGCGAACUGCAUACGUUGCUCAGCUAUUCUGCCAGCUCAAAAGAACAUUCUUUGCCAUCAAUAUCUAUGGCAGCAUUUAUUUUCUCACGCUCAUCAGUUUUGACCGGUACGUGGGUGCUGUUCAUCCCAUCCGAUCCUUUAAAAGGUGGGAUAAAAAGAAGGCUACCUUUUGUACUAUGGCUGUAUGGAUUGUCAUCUUGAUAGAGUCAAUUCCUGAUGUGUAUUACACCUUUGUGGUCCAAAGAGAAAUAGGCUCUAAAGCUUGCCUUGACAACAUUGGAGAGACUCUGUACUUUCUGGUUCCAUUCACAAUUUUCAGAGUUUUAUUUGGUUUCCUCAUUCCAAUCCUGAUCAUUUUCACAUGCUAUACCUUGACUCUCAAAACAUUACGGAAAAUGAAGAAUCACCAUCAGAGAAGACAAAGAAUUGUGAAACCCUUGUUGUUGGUUUCAGCUGCCAUGAUUGUUUUUGCUGUGGCUUUCAUUCCUUAUCAUGGGAUGAUAUUGGCAGUGCUAAUCUACAGAAUCAAUUACCAACUCAAUGCUGACAAUAUAAGGUUGAUAUUUACUAUAUAUAAGUUCACAGAAAUCAUCUGCAGUGUCAGCAGUUCCUUGAACCCAUUCAUUUUUAUGUUAGCCAGUAAGAAAUUCAAGGAAAAGUUUAAAAGGUUCCAGUGCUCACCUAGAAAGAGGUGUCUUUGCUGUCAAUCACACCGAGUGAGUGAUAUUGCAACUGAACUAUGAUAGGUAUAGUCACAAAUGGAUAAGAGCUUGUCAACUGGCUCCAUAAUAUAAAUAGAUUAAUAUACCAGGGGAUACAUUUUUAAACCUACUGCCAUUUAGUAAUAGAAAAGUAACUUUCCACCAAAUCCUAAUUGCUCCAGUAGAACUAUAUAGACUCUUUAAACAAUGGAUUCACUCAAGAGCAUUCCUCCCAGGAUCCCUCUGCUUCCAUGGCCUGCAAAUAACUUUUCCAACAUCUGCCUCCAUUUUUUUCCAUGUCAGGAGUGACUUCAGAAACUGCAAGUUGCUUCUGGUGUGAGAGAAUUGGCCCUCUGCCUAGGACAUUGCCCAGGGGAUGCCUAGAUGUUUGAUGUUUUACCAUCCUGUGAGAGGCUUCUCUCAUGUCCCCACACGCAUGGAAAUGCAUCCUGAAGACAAUCUGAUGAGGUCCAUAGAGAGAAUAAUCUAUGAUAAGUUAAAGGUUUCCCCUGAUGUUAAGUCUAGUUGUAUCUGACUCUGGGGGUUGGUGCUCAUCUCUGUUUCUAAGUCAAAGAGCCAGUGUUGUCCGUAGGUGCCUCCAAGGUCAUGUGGACAGCAUAGAGCGCAGUUACCUUCCUGCCAGAGUGGUACCUAUUGAUCUACUCACAUUUGCAUGUUUUCAAACUGCUAGGUUGGCAGAAGCAGGGCCUAACAGCGGGAGCUCACCCCGCUCCCCGGAUUUGAACCACCAGCCUUUCGGUCAGCAAGUUCAAUAGCUAUGCGGUUUAAUCCGCUGCACCACCAGGGGCUCCCAAUCUAAGGUACUGAUGCUCAAAGCAGUGGUCUUUGGUCUGAUGUCAGUUCAGAAACCAUCAGCUGACAGUAUCUGGUUAUUUCUUACUGGAAAAAAGAAAUAAUGAUAGCCAAUGUGCAUGAACACAGAACCAGUCUCUAGCACAUUGGGAAGAGAGAAAUAACUACAAAUAUACACAGCUGAUUUGCAGAAGGAUGCUGGAUCAUUGUCCUUUGCAUAGCCAUUUGGAUCCUGAUCUUUGUUAAUAAUUAACACACUUAUGAUCAGUUUCUAUUUUUAAAAUUAAUGGCUAGAAGGCUUCUUGUAGAAAAACAGCUGGAUAUGUAUUUGUAGAUUUCAGCUAUCACUGAGUUUCCACAGCUUUGCUCUAGUUUACUGUAAAAAGAAAAAUAAUUUAGCAUUACUGCAUUCACUUCACUCUGAAAACACCUCCCACACAGCCUAUAUAUGUACAUCAAAAAGGGAAACAAACAUCUUUUUUUUAAACCCUUUCAAACUACAGAAAUAAAUGUUUUGCUUUGCUGAAUCUUCUGAAAGCCUAGCUGAGGAAAGAUAACUUCUUUUGUUAAGACAUUUUUGACACAGAAGUUUUUUAAAAGGUAAAUUGAACUUUUAGAAUAUGUAUACUGAGCCCCCGGUGGCACAAUGAGUUAAACCGCUGAGCCACUGAACUUGCUGACCGAAAGGUUAGCGGUUCGAAUCCAAGGAGCAGAGUGAGCUCCCACUGUUGGCCCCAGCUUCUGACAACCUAGCAGUUUGAAAAUGAGCAAAUGUGAAUAGAUCUAUAUGUGUGUGUAUAACAUUAAAAAUCUAUUUAAAUGUAUAAUUCUCUGCUCUGCAAAGUGCCCAAUGUCUUCCUGGCGAGCAGGACGGCGUUGGGCGCUUUGCAGAGCAGAGGAGCAGCACUUCUCUACUCUGCAAAGCGGCGACCUCCUUCCUUGUGGAGGCAGGCGCGGCAGCGGAGGCAGGACUCGCCUCAACUGCACCCCCUACAGGAUGGCACCCCUGUCCCCCCCCCCCCCCCCAGUUUCCUAUGCAAUCUGGGAAUCUCCCCAUGUUGCCGGUGCUGCUUCUUAAGACACUUCCACUUCACUUGAGGCACGGAGGCCCACUGGAAGUAGAUCAAUGUCAUGGGAUGGGAGCCAGCGGGCUCUGUGCCUCAAGUGAGGUUGAAGUGUCAUAGGAUGAGAAAUUUUGCCCAUCUGAUGUGGUCAUAAGAUACUGCUUGUGAUAACUAUGAAAUUGAAAGUAUAUUGCAUGUACUUUUCCACUGUAGUUUUUAUAAGGGACUAGCUGUGCCCGGCCACGCGUUGCUGUGGCGAAGUCUGGUGGUAUGGGAAAUAAAGUAUUGAGGAAUUGGUGGUAGUUAAGGUCAAGGGUAAAGGUUUUCCCCAGACAUUAAGUCCAGUCGUGUCUGACUCUGGAGGUUGGUGCUCAUCUCCAUUUCUAAGCCGAAGAGCCGGCGUUGUCCGUAGACUCCUCCAAGGUCAUGUGGGAUGACUACAUGGAGCGGCGUUACCUUCCCGCCGGAGCAGUACCUAUUGAUGCACUCACAUUUGCAUGUUUUCGAACUUCUGGGUUGGCAGAAGCUGGGGCUAACAGUGGGGGCUCUCUCCGCUCCCCCAAUUCAAACCUGUGGCCUUUCGGUCCAGAAGUUCAGCAGCUCAGCGCUUUAACACGCUGCGCCAUCAGGGGAUAUUAUUUCCUAAAGGUUGUGAAUAUACAAUAUUUCUGAUUGGUUUUUUUUGUUUGUUGGAGGCAAGUAUGAAUGCUGCAAUUAGGAAAAAUGAUUAGGAUGUAAUGGCCUUGCAGCUUUAAAGCCUGGCUGUUUCCUCCCUGAGUGAAUUUUUUGUUGGGAGGUGUUAACUGGCCCUGAUUGUUUCCUGUCUGGAAUUCCCUUGUUUUCAGAGUGGUGUUGUUUGCGAUAUUUUAUGUGCUUCUACUGUCUGUGGCCCUGAGAAAACAGAGGAUUUUCCAGACUGUGAUGAUGGGAAUACUUUGUUGGGAGGUGUUAGCUGGCCCUGAUUCUUUCCUGUUUGGAAUUCCCUUGUUUUCAGAGUGGUGUUGUUUGCGAUAUUUUAUGUGCUUCUACUGUCUGUGGCCCUGAGAAAACAGGAUUUGCCAGACUUUGAUGAUGGGAAUACUUUGUUGGGAGGUGUUAGCUGGCCCUGAUUGUUUCCUGUGUGGAAUUCCCCUGUUUAUUUACUGUCCUGGUUUUAGAGAUUAUAUUGUUCUGCAUUAUUCUAUCCCAGUAAUUAUUUCAUAUUAAAGAAGAAUCUCACUUAUCCAACAUUCGCUUAUACAAUGUUCUGGAUUAUCCAACGCAGUCUGCCUUUUCAUAAUCAAUGUUUUUGUAGUCAGUGUUUUAAAUUCAUUGUGAUAUUUUAGUGGUAAAUUUGUAAAUACAGUACAGUAGAGUCUCACUUAUCCAACAUAAACGGGCCGGCAGAACGUUGGAUAAGCGAAUAUGUUGGAUAAUGAGGAAUUAAGGAUAACCCUAUUAAACAUCAAAUUAAGUUAUGAUUUUACAAAUGAAGCACCAAAACAUCAUGUUAGACAACAAAUUUGUCAGAAAAAGUAGUUCAGUACACAGUAAUGCUAUAUAGUAAUUACUGUAUUUAUGAAUUUAGCACCAAAAUAUCACGAUAUAUUGAAAGCAUUGACUACAAAAAUGCAUUGGAUAAUCCAGAACGUUGGAUAAGCGAGUGUUGGAUAAGUGAGACUCUACUGUAAAUACUACAUAGCAUUACUGCGCAUGGAACUACUUUUUCUGUCAAAUUUGUUGCAUAAUAUGAUGUUUUGGUGCUUAAUUUGUAUAACGAUUACCUAAUUUGAUGUUUAAUUGGCUUUUCCUGAAUCCCUUCUUAUUAUCCAACAUAUUCACUUAUCCUGCCGGCCUGUUUACGUUGGAUAAGUGAGACUCUACUGUAUAUUUCUAAUCUUAUAUUAUCUGCUCAGAACUGGAUUAUAUGAGGCCCCUUCUUCACAGCUGUAUAAAAUGCACACUGAAGUGGAUGAUAUGGCAGUGUGGAGUCAAGAUAAUCCAGUGCAAAGCAGAUAAUAUAAGAUUAUAAAUGGGUUAUAUCGCUGUGUGGAAGGGCCUUGAGUCUACACUGCCAUAUAAUCCAGUGCAAAUUAGAUAAUCUGUGGAAGAAGUCUAAGUAAGGCCUAAAUCUGCCUGUCCCCUAACUGAUACCUGGCUGUCCCUUGGUUGCUAGGCAACCAAGUGGGCAGAGAUUAGCCCUCUAAACUGGCAGCAAUUGGAUAAAAAAAUUAUUGCUCUCCCUCUAAUUAGGACUUUAUUUUUCUUUUCUUUUUGUUGUAUCAACCUUGAGGCGUGGAUGAUGGGUUGUGUUGUCAAAUUUUGAGGUUGGGGGGCCUGUACUUUUGUUGUUUUGUGAAUUGCCAUGAUGCCAUCACUCUUUUAUAUAUAUAGAAGAUCUAUUACAUUCCAUCAUGCAAUGUUUCCUUGGGCACUCCCCUGAGUCACUUAUGGUUACUCAGCUCCGGGGGUUUGACAAAUGGCUCACUCAGCAAAGUGGCAAAACUUUAAAACUUGGCUGUUAUAGUCAGAUUAUUCUUGAUUAUGCCAUUUUUAUGCAAUUAAUGCCUUAUAUUUUUAAUCUGUCAAUUUAAUUUAAUCAUAUUUAUUUGUAUAGUGUUGAUCUGGAUGGCUCAAGACGAUGUUUUAAAAUGCACUGCAUUUAACAUGCUGUUUUAAUGGCCUGUUGUCUGUAAUAAAAAUGUGCAUACUGGCAAAAACAGUUAAUUGCAUCUGCAGUAUCUGUCCAAGAGCAAACACAGUAUUUUACAGAGACCACUCUGCACAUUUAAAAAAAGUAAAUCAAAACCAGUUAGUUUGGGGGAGGGUUAUUUUUGGCAGACAGUGAAUCUUCCAGCAGGUUUUGGGGGAAGAAAAGCUUGUCACCUCACCGCUCUUGCCCACCAUUGCCUGAACUGAGUUGGGUUCUUCCUGCAUUGUGUUUGUAUCUGUGGUAGAAUGGUGUGACUGGAUGCUAAACUAGGCUAUAAGAGGCUCCACCAUACUCAAAAGUACAUUUUUCUAAUUCUCCCUGCCCCCCACUCCUCAAAUUCUGUCCCCCAAUGAAGAACUUGAGAGGAAAACUUAAUGUGCCAAUCUGGGUCUAGUGAAAAUGUUAUUCGUUGAAGAAAAGAUUUGCACCAUGGCUGUAGAUGAAACGGAGACAUGAUGUUACAUAAGUUGCCUGCCUUCCAUCCAUGUGUCCAUUCUGUUUCAGCCACUCGGCUUAUGUAUAUCUUGUCUCCACCAUUGUUGGUGUUUCUGUCAUAGCAGUGGGGUAUAAGCUAUUCCACCAGCAUAGUGGGUCUUCCACCUGAUCCUACAGCCCAAGACCUGACUUCCAAUAUGAGAAGGGUCUUGAAAGUCACAUAAUAUAUCUGUACGGGGUAGGACUAUAGGAACCAGCAGGAACAAAGCAAAGUCCGUAGGACUAGAUAUAAUUCUUUUCAGUUUGAUCAUGACGAAAUCCAUAUUGUGUAUGUUAAUUCAGUGACUUAAUUUAAGAGUAAGCUCCAGUGCAAGCUCUGCUAGAAGUCUAUCUAUUCUGUAUAUCUACUCUGGAGUAAGCUCUAGCAAAAUAAGUUGCAAAGUAGAGCUUUGUUCUAUGCAAAGGCUUCCUAGGCUUUCAAUGACUUCUUAUUUUUGAUCACUAACUGGAGAUUAAAGCAAACAAGUUUGCAGGUUGGAGCAGGAAAGGCUACAGGAUGUUGUUGUAGCUGUUUAUUCGUUCUGUCACUUCUGACUCUUCAUGACCUCAUGGACCAGCCCACAUCAGAGCUCCCUGUCGGUCAUCUCCACCCCCAGCUCCUUCAAGGUCAAGCCAGUCACUUCAAGGAUACCAUCCAUCUAUCUUGCCCUUGGUCGGCCUCUUCCUUUUUCCUUCCAUUCUCCCCAGCAUCACUGUCUUCUCCAAGCUUUCUCAUUAUGUGGCCAAAGUACUUCAUCUUUGCCACUAAUAUCCUUCCCUCCAGUGAGCAGUCAGGCAUUAUUUUCUGGAGUAUGGACUGGUUUGAUAUUUUGUGGUCCAAGGCACUUUCAGGAUUUUCCUCCAAUACCACAGUAACUUUCUUCUCUCAGCCUUCCUUAUAGGCUAUAGGAUGCUUCCAACAAAAGAUCUGGAUGUUGCCCGCUUUUUCUUUGGCCCUUCAAUUGGCAGCUCUUCCAUAUAAUAAUACCCUCUUUCUUUCUCUGUGGUCCUUCUUUAGUUAGCUUUCCAGAUACUAAAUCUGCCAGGUGUUUCACUGCACUAUCUAACACAGGACCCUUGAGUGAACAGCUGCCCAUCUGCACACACUAAUUCUCAAUAGUGCUUGGCAAAUCAUACUGUCUGUUGCAACCCCACAGAUAAGGUUCUUCAGAGAUAAAAUCAACAUUUUAAGGAAAAAAAUGGAUGUUUACUCAGUGGCACCAAUCUAAUUCUAAUGUCAUUCUGAUUAACUUGUUUUUUUACCAAUUCAAAGGCAAUCAACAUCUGUUCCUAUUUGCCUAGCCAUAUUUAAUUCUGUAAAUAUGUUUUAAGCAUUCUAUUAUAAACUCACUCAUUUCUGUUUGAUUUGACACAUCCAAACAGUGUGGAAGGAGCUCAUGCCAUUUUCCUGCAAUAAGGGAACAAUUAACUGCUAUAGUCAACAGGGAAUGUCAACAUCGCCUUCAAUUAAGACAUAUGCUACAAAAUGCGUCUCUCUGUUUGCCUGCAUUCUUAGAAGAAUUUGCAUGAAUUCACAGAAUGUGUAUGGCAACCACAAAACUCCUCAAGAUGAUCCUAACAAGAUGGCAUUUGCUAAUUAAAAUGUUUUAAUUAACUGUGCUAUCCCAAUUAUUUGCAAUGAAUGCCAAAAAUAAGUAACUAUGCUACCUUAUUCAUAUUUACUUUGAAGUAAGUCCCACUGUGUUCAAUGCUGUAACUGUGCAAAAGAUGACGCACAAUCCUGUGCCCAUUUACCUGGCAGUAAAAAAAUCAAUAAACAUGAUGGAACUAACUGAUAAAUAAGCAUAUGUGCUUUGUGUUCUUGAUUUCAUUCAAGAAACUUGGUUAAAAUUAUUUACAUGAAUGACAUAAAUUUUAGAACUAAAUCAACUUUUCUUUUACAUUUUAACUACAUAACUUCAAAGGAGGAAAGUGUGGUUAGAUGGAGAAUGCUUUAUUGGCGUUUGCAAGACAUCUUGCUAACCCUUAUGGUGGAGCCCCCGGUGGAGUAGUGGAUUAAAGCCUUGUGACUUGAAGGUUGGGCUGCUGAUCUGCAAGCUGCCAGGUUCAAAUCCCACCCAGGGAGAGCGCGGAUGAGCUCUAUCAGCUCCAGCUCCAUGCUGGAACAUGAGAGAAGCUUCCCACAAGGAUGGUAAAAACAUCAAAACAUCCGGGCGUCCCCUGGGCAACAUCCUUGCAGACAACCAAUUCUCUCACUCCAGAAGCGACUUGCAGUUUCUCAAGUCGCUCCUGACACGAAAAAAAAACCCUUAUAGUAAUAAAAAGCUUGGAAAAGUGAGUUUUUUGGAUACAAUUUCCAGAAUACACUAGCCAGCAUGACUCCUCGGUAAUGGGAUUCGGAAAAUGAUGAUCCAAAACACUUUCCCAAACUCUGAGCUAAUUACUAAAAUACAAUUUUUAACAAUUUUCAUGUGAUUAUCCCUUUUCAUCAUUUGAUAUAUGUCACUACCAGCUCUCAUUAGAGUAGGUGCACUGAAUCAAAAGGAAUGUCGUACAUUAACACAAAAUUUUAUCACAACUCUCCAAGAAGAUAAAUCAGAUUUCAAAUCCCAAAUGUUUUCAGGAAAGAGUCUUAAAGCUUUCAGCACUACCCAUGUCUUCAGUAUCAAAGAAAGCAUUCAGCCACCAAAAGGCAAGGAGCCCUCCCAUUACUUAGGAAAAAUAUCCUAUACAAUAUGAUUUUGGCUGGGGCACAGUGGAAACUAGUUACUUUUUCAAGCUCUGCAUAUGAAUAGGCUAUUGUGCUAAUCUCUUAAUGCCUGGACGCCUCCAUCUGAAGAGCCUUGCAAAGGAUAGUGUCAAUCCUCAGACACAUUGUCCUUUAGAAGUGAUUCCUAAAUUGAGAUCCCAGAUCUUGUUAGACUAUAAGUGUCAGAAGCCUAUGAAAGCUAUAGCUCUUGGGAAUUAAUUGUGGGAACCACUGUCCUAGACCAAGAAUAUCAAAGUACUCAACCAGCUAUUUAGCUCUUUAAGAGAUCAUCAUAAAUGAGAGGAAGUGAUAAGUCCUAAUGAAGCAUUGUCCAGCUCAUUAAAACUGAAAGUGCUGACAGUAGACUAGCUCAUUAACUCAACAAGCUCAUUUUAAGAAAAAAGCAAUUUGAAGUUGCUAUGAGUUUUUCAGACUGUAUGACCAUGUUCCAGAAGUAUUCUCUCCUGACAUUAAUUCAGUGAUAGAAGGUAUGCAGAAGGUUAAAUUACAUGCAACUUUACUCAAAAGGUUUAGGUCACAAGUGACUUUAAAAAUUUCUGCCUGAAACCCUAGAAAGCAACUGGUAAUCAGAACAAAUCAUGUUCAGAUGGACAGAUAAUACAACUUUGAAAAACUACUUUAACUUCAAAUACACUGUAAUCGUGUGAUUAAUGUAAUUGUAUUUCAAGAUUGUAACUUUAUAGGUUUUAUAUGUAUAAAAUUUAGCUUACUCAAAGACUCCAUACACAUCCACUUCAUGUCUAUGGAGUCUUAAAUACACAUUUUGUGUUUAUCUUACUACCGUCUGAGCAGUACAACCUGGUUCUUCAUUUUCUUGGACAGAAAGGAGAAGACCCUGCUGGCAGUUAUAUUAUUCAGACAAUGUAUGAGGCAGGGUCACCAUUUGUCAGAAACAACUUGAAGGCACACAACAACAACCAUGUAUUAUAGCUGCAGGAACAUGACAUAGAAUGAGUUGUUUUGGUGUUGUGUGCCUUCAGGUUAACUCUAACUUAAAAUGAACUUAUCAUGGUAUUUUCUUGGCAAGAUUUAUUCAGAGGAGGAGUAAUGUUGCCUUCCUCUUGGUCUAAGAGAGCAUGACCUAUCCAAGGUUCACCCAAUGGGUUUCCAUGCUCAAAUGAGGAUUCAAAUCUGGGUCUCCUGUGUUCCCAGUCCAAUAUUCAAAGUACUAUCCUGCUCUAUCUAGUAGAACAGUUAUAACUUCUUAAAUGUCUCCUUAAAAUUUUAAAAGGUAGCAACAGAGAUCACUGUACCCUUUCCUCCCAAAUAUCCAGAUUGUAUUUCCUUUUGAAACAACAUCAAGCAAAACAGGAGCUGUAAAUGCAGAAAAAUCAUGAAAGCGUACAUCAAACAAUAUUUUGUAAAGAACAUUUCU